AUGGCGAUGCUGAUGCCUUCUCCAACGGGUCCGGGCCUCAAUUCUGCCUUCAGCCCCUACACAGACUCUCCAAGCUCGCCAGCCAACUUCAACAGCGUCUUCUCAAAUAGGUUCGAGCUGCCCGUACCCACUCUGCUCUACAGCACAGCAGCACAUCACGUACUGAUGCAUUCUCAAAGGUCUUCGGGCACCCACUCAGACCACCUUGUCCCUCCUCCAAGUCCGUAUCCUGCGACCGUCGACCCCUCGCCCGUCGACAGCAAUGGCACGAGCGCCACCGACCACACCGAGAUCGAGGACGAUGCACAGGACGACAUGAACGACUUCAGGUCGCCAGCCACCGAAGACAUCGUGAGUCCGGCGAGUCAGAGCAGUCAGUCCAAGCCUUUCAAGCUUGACACCUCCCUGCCUGCACGCAAACGCUCAGAUUCGGACGAGGCCCCUCCUUCUGUCAUUCAUGUACCGGCCGACUUCAAGCAAUUUGCCCGCCAAAGCGUGUCAGCGGCAUCUUCGAGCGCAAACACCUCUGAGAACACGGCCGUCGUAUCGCCUUCUACACCCGAGGCCAACAUGGUCUUCGAAGCUGACGACAAGGUGCGUCUUGCUCAUCUCGCUCUGGCUGAGGCCGUCAUGGCUGAACACCUACAGCAUAACUACACAACACCCAUCGAUACGUCUGUGCCCCGCAGCGCUCUAGACCGCAGCACACCUCAAGCGCAGACGCGUUACGAUUAUGAGGAUGACUUGAAACGGCGAAGUGCUCGGAGGAGCGUUAACCUUGCUGGCAAGUGGUCGCUGAGAAGGCACAACAUGCGGUACUGACUUCUACAGAUAUAGCCGAGUACGACGACCAUAAUCACACACUCUCUUCUGCGAGCUCGAUCAUCGACCAGGACGACGACGAAUCCUCGCAAUCGCAAGGAAACGAGCCCGCAUCUACCGGGACCCAGACUAUGGGCCAGGCGUUGCACGGUAUCAACGAAUCUGACAAGGAAGUCACUGCGCUCAAAAGUGCCUUGAAUGAGUGUUGGACCCUGUGCAACUCGCUUGCAAAGCUUAGCCAGCACCACCGCCAGCGCAUGUUCAACUACUCUGGCGGAAGUGCCGACGAACACGAGUAUGCCUGGCGGACGUGUUGGCGUCUGUGCCAGAAACUGUACGAGAGCCGGGACGAGAACCCCUCGACCCAAGUCAUGCCAACACUGGAGCUCUGUCGAGACUUUUGCCAGGCUUUGUUCGACGUGCGACAGCGAGGGGAGGAUGCCGCCGAUUCUGUAUUACGGGUCAGCUUCGAGCUGAACAAUCACCUCUACAACGCCCACGACCGCGCAUUGCCCGAAGCGUUCCGAGAACGCACGCUCGACUUCUACCUGACGUUGUGUCACCGGCUGAUGAAGCAACGAACAUCUCUGCCAGAGGAGACGGACUCUUUACUCCAUGCUUGCUGGUCGUUGGCAGAGACGCUCUUCAGCCUCCGUCAGAAUAGUCGUGAUGGCAAGGCUGCAGAUGAGGAGCUUCUAGGCUCUGGUAUUCAGGCUUGUUGGGAGUUGUGCGAUCUUUUCCGUGAAGGCUGGACGCAGGUGCGGCCUGACCGCGGCACCCCACGUCCGACCCAACAUGAAUUCAACCUAGGCUCAAGUUCCGGCUCUGUGACACGUUCGCAACGAUCUUACUCCGAAAGGUCUGGACGCUCGUCAAGCGUCAAUGAAUCGUACCACUCCGCCAUCUCCUCCCGACUGCAGACACCUGCAGUACCAGACACACCGACGACCAUCUUCGACGAUCGCGAGGAGUUCUCACCUGCUGAAGAAAACAACGUGCCGAACAUCCUUGUUCUUGGCCCAGAAGCGGGUCUAACACGGACACACGAUCGCUGGUCUUCUGCAUCCUCGAACCUUUCCACAUACUCUGAUGCCUCUAUACACAGCUCGUCGACCGCGACUGCAGGACGGACAGACCCGAAUCUCGUUCGACUGAAAGCUUUGAUUGUCAAAGCUGCGAUGAACGCCGGCUACAGUCGCCAAAUACCGCUACCUGAUUUCGUUCGUGCUUUGUCCUCGAACAGUUUCGGUACACUACCAUGGCAAAGCCAGCUUUUCGAGAGUUACAGGAAGCUUGUUCUCGCAGACCCUACACUGCGGACUGCGCAUACAGAGCCACCCCGAAGACUCUCUGCAGUGGAAAUUGCUCGGUCAGUACAAUGGAUGGCACGCAGUGAGCAGUUCAAGUGGCUGCGCGACCUCUACCGGUUUGUUUUCGGCAACAGCCCUGAGGACAGCAGCCAACGCAACCUCAUCAUCAACGCAUAA